GUUGCUAAAAGCGCAAUCUAAUUUCCCGUUUUGCAAUCGUUCACGGCCAGUCUGCUCAAAGCUGCGACUGUAUCCCGAGUAGAAAGCGGUCGCUAUAUAUAUAGCGUUUAGUGUUACCGCUCGAUGCGUGAGUUUAUGCAGAUCGAUUGAAGGAAUCUGUUAACACUGCGAUUAGUUAGGGAGCUAUGCUUCAGAGCAGACCGUGGUAGAAGUACAGAGCCAUGGAAGCUCCGGAAAUUCUGAAACUGCUUGGCAUUAUUCUUAGUUUUAUUAUUGUGAUUGUGGGAACCGCAAAGGUUCUGAAAAUUUAUUCUACGUUUGGAGACCCAGUCCUGAAGAAAAUCACGAAUUUAGUGGUGGUCAUCUCGGCUGUUCCGUGUGUCCUGCGCCUGAUCGCAUUGUCUGUCUCACAAAUCGACGGUAAGUGGCCUUUUCAUGACGUCAGCUGUCAGCUCUAUGGAUUCAUUGACCUAGUUGUUUUCUCUGGUUCCACCUGGAUCCUAUGUAUUGCUGCGAUGGAAAGGUACUUCAAGUUUAUGAUUCAGGUCGACCAUCCAUCUACGUUCUCUGUGAAGAAUCUAAACAUGAUCGUGGUGGGUAUUUUUGUCCUGAUCAUCCUGGUCGCCACGGGACCGCUCUACGGUCUGGGAGAAUAUUCCUACUACAGAGGUCAUUUGAAAGUCUCUUUGACCUAUUACCCUAUCGGAGUGAACAUGACAACAGACGCCAAUUUAUUUCCCAAGUGGUAUUCCUAUCUACUCAGAAACGAAAUCGACAAGCGAAUCAUCCCGAACCCGACUUUUAUGUUUCGGAAAACGUUUGAAGAGCAGUUGCAAAUUAAGGUAGUUCAACCUAAGCAAACCGAGACUGGAUUUGAAAUGUUUUUCCGUUGUCCGUCAAUAUCUGCUGCGGAAGAAUUGUGGAAUAAUUAUACCAUGGGAUCACUGGGAGAAGUUUUUAAAAGCAUGCUUUGGUACCCAGAACUUUCCCAAGAAUUAAACGUUGAAAAUGUAGAGAUUCAGACGCAUAUUGACCAAAAGGAAUUUAGGAACUAUGUAGAUAUCUUCCUUGCCUUCCAAGGCAUGGGCAUCUGCAGUACGGACUGGACUUCUAAGAACGUUCACGCUCUUGUAUGGUCCGUUUAUCAGACGAUAAUCACAACAGCUGUUCCCUUUCUCUUGGAGCUCAUUCUUUACUCAAUUAUAUCCUGUAAAAAUCCUUACAAUAUUGCAGCUGUGGACAAAACUAUUCGAGCAGACGAUAUCCGGGCUCUUCGGUUUUACCGAGGUGCUUCCGUUAUGUAUUUUCUUCUGACCUUUGCUUAUUUCACCAUUGAUAUUGGAAAUUUGAACGGAGUGUAUAUACACCCGACUGUGAUUUUUUUGACGUCACUCGUGUAUUUUACGUCAUCUGUUUCUAUUUUGAUUGGUUGUUUAGUUGUGGAGUUCGAACCCUUUACUCGUAUCAUGAAUGUCGUGCGAGAUUGCUGGCAGGUUUCAAGGGGGAAAUUCUCGAGGGAGUGUGCAGAAAUUUCGAUAAAAAAGUCGACAUUACACAAGAUGAAAGAAAGAACCUUUCGAGACCAGAAAGCUUAUCUUUAAGUUACUACAUAUGAUUGUAUUUAUUCACUCAUUCAUUACAUUUUGUACAGUAUAGAUUUAAUUAGAAAUUUCAAAAGGUACCAUUGAACUUGUUGACAGAUUUUACGUAAUAAAAGUCAUUGUUUAAACUGUUACUUUUUUCUUUUCUUUGACGUAACGGUUUGACAGACAGGUUACAAUACAUAAAGCCAACUAAAAAGUCAAGUACCAAGAAUGAUUCAGAUAGCAAAAACAAUAUUUGCUAUCAGAUUUAGAGCAAUCAAUUAUAUAAACUUUCCAAAGCAGAGUUAAGCGCGAUAAUGACCAUUACAGCGAUCAGUAUUUAUCGACCUAUGUUUUUUUGUUUAGAAGAACAAUUAUAAAAACACAACGGUGCAGAAAUCAUAGUUUUUGCAUCAUAA